AAGCAGCGCAACGCUCCCAGGCAGCAACAGCGGCGAGAACAGCGCCUUCAGGGGUCACGAACUCUGACCUUUCGCCAAAAGGCACCAGCCGCCUCCCCCCCCGAACAAUUAACUACCACUCCUCCUCCCCCCGUUCCUACGCGGAAGGCUCGUUAACCCCUUUGGUGCUCCUAUCUCCGCCUUCCGCUAUCCCUCCUUGGCGGAAGGCGGGGGGGGGGGCUCACGAACCAGGCCCGGCCGAACCGUUACGAGGCAGCCACGGCCGAGCUCGCUUGGCACCAAAUCCUGAGGUCCAAACUGUCCAGUCAACCUUAUCUGAAACUCCAGUGAUGACCAGCCCUUCCCAGCGCAUCCAGAUAAUCUCCACAGAUUCCACUGUAUCAUCACCACAGCGGAUUCAGAUUGUCACAGAUCAGCAAACAGGGCAGAAAAUACAAAUAGUGACAGCAGUGGAUUCAUCGGUAUCCCCAAAGCAACAAUUUAUACUUGCUAGUCCAGAUGGAACAGGAACAGGGAAAGUGAUAUUAGCUGCACCUGAGGCUUCUAAUACCAAGCAACUUAUUUUUACCACCACAGAUAAUAUUGUGCCAGGCAGAAUACAGAUUGUUACUGACUCUGCCUCUGUGGAACGUUUGUUGGCUAAAACCGAUGUCCAGCGGCCGCAGGUAGUAGAGUACUGUGUUGUCUGUGGAGACAAAGCAUCAGGUCGUCAUUAUGGUGCUGUCAGUUGUGAAGGAUGCAAAGGCUUUUUUAAAAGAAGUGUGAGGAAAAAUCUAACAUACAGUUGCCGUAGCAACCAGGAUUGUAUCAUCAAUAAACACCAUCGGAAUCGUUGCCAGUUUUGUCGGCUCAAAAAAUGUCUUGAGAUGGGAAUGAAAAUGGAAUCUGUACAGAGUGAAAGGAAGCCUUUUGAUGUGCAGCGUGAGAAACCAACCAACUGUGCUGCUUCAACAGAAAAAAUAUAUAUCAGAAAGGACUUAAGAAGUCCUCUGAUAGCAACCCCAACAUUUGUUGCAGAUAAAGAUGGGGCUAGAUCAGCUAAUCUUCUUGAUUCAGGGAUGCUUGUAAAUAUUCAGCAGCCUUUAAUACGGGAUGAUGGUACAGUGCUACUUGCUACAGAUUCCAAGGCUGAGACAAGCCAAGGUGCUUUGGGAACACUAGCAAAUGUUGUAACAUCACUUGCCAGCCUUAACGAAUCACUUAAUAAUGGAGACACUUCAGAAAUUCAGCAAGAAGACCAAUCUGCAAGUGAGAUUACUCGGGCAUUUGAUACUUUGGCUAAAGCACUUAAUACUACAGAUGGUGCAGCAGCACAGAAUCUGGCAGAUGGGAUGGAUCCUGCGGGGGGUGGGAAUAUACAUGUAAUCAGUAGAGAUCAGUCUACUCCAAUCAUUGAAGUCGAAGGACCUCUCCUUACAGAUACUCAUGUGACAUUUAAGUUAACUAUGCCUAGCCCAAUGCCAGAGUACCUGAAUGUGCAUUACAUUUGUGAAUCUGCAUCACGAUUACUUUUUCUUUCCAUGCAUUGGGCCAGAUCCAUUCCUGCUUUUCAAGCUCUAGGGCAAGACUGUAAUACAAGCCUUGUACGUGCCUGUUGGAAUGAGCUCUUUACCUUAGGCCUAGCACAGUGUGCACAGGUGAUGAGCUUGUCAACUAUCUUAGCAGCAAUUGUCAACCAUUUGCAAAAUAGCAUACAGGAAGAUAAACUUUCUGGAGAUCGAAUAAAACAAGUGAUGGAGCACAUCUGGAAACUCCAGGAGUUUUGUAACAGUAUGGCUAAACUUGAUAUUGAUGGAUAUGAAUAUGCUUAUCUUAAAGCUGUAGUCCUCUUUAGUCCUGAUCACCCUGGUCUGACAAGUUCCAGCCAAAUCGAAAAAUUCCAGGAGAAAGCUCAAAUGGAGUUACAAGACUACAUUCAGAAAACCUAUCCAGAAGAUACUUACAGACUAGCUCGAGUUCUAGUUCGCCUGCCAGCUCUUAGACUGAUGAGCUCCAGCAUUACAGAAGAACUCUUUUUUACUGGCCUCAUUGGAAAUGUUCCAAUUGACAGCAUCAUCCCCUACAUCCUGAAAAUGGAAACAGCAGAGUACAAUGGUCAAAUAACAGGAUCAUCCUCUUAGAAGGAAUCUGCUCGUCUUGGUGGACCUGAGUGCUAAUUUAUUGAUUCAUUUGGAUAAUGUGUACAAAUACUUUCAACACUUUUCAUUUUCUUGUUAAACAUUCUUUUAUUCAAAGACAAGGAAAAAAAUUCUAAAAUACUUUUUCCAGGACAUGUUUCUGCCAGAGCAAACAUUUGAAUUUCUUUUCCUGAAAAGACUACAGUGAAUUGAUAAAUAUGUCUUUAAUACGGUUUUUAUGUCAGCAUUAUCAGUGAGUACAAUAUAGCUUCUCUUAUGACAGAAUACAAAUUAGAAAGAACUAUAUUUGGAACUUUAGCUUGGAUCCAAAAAGCUGCAAGACUUCCCCUGCAAUGGGACUGUCCUCCCCACCCCACCCACAUUGCAGCCCUUGUUCUCUUUGCCUCCCCCAAAAGCCACUUCAGAACAGCAUGAAGUGUAGCACACUAGCUUGUGGGAGAAGACAAUUGCUUACAAGGUUCCUUUGAGCAAGCAGAGGGCUUUUCAUUUACUGAGAAUGUGCUUUGAAUCCAGUCCAUAUUGUGUAUAUACAUACAUGCUCACACACACAUGCGUAUAGAUUAAAAUUGGCAUCUAAAUUAGUAGGAUGUAGGAACAGUCAACACUUUCAAAGAAUGUUUUAUGAAAGCUAAGACAUCAUCUUCAUAAUCCUGCUUCUGUGAGUAGGGUAAAUGAAUCACAGCAUUUUAAUUACAGAUGUAUGCUAAUGAUUUCUAUGAAAACUUAGAGCCAUGGCAGACAAUCAUUUUUGCUACAAAAUUUUUAAUUGCACAUGUUUAUUAAUAACACGAUUCUUUUAAGGAUAUUUCUAUACUCUUUGAAUUAAAUUCUGCUAAAUGAAUAAAAGUGUUUAUAGUGUAGGUGAAGCAAAAUGUUUAUGGCUCAGUUGUAAACUUGAUGUUAUAGAAGUUAUUUACACUGGAAAAUAGCAUACUAACUUCUUGUAGUGAGGCACCAUUGAGAAUUUUAAGAGGUUUUGUGCUGUUUGCCAAACGCUGUGCUACAAUAGCUUAAAAAAAACCUGUGACACAUCCAUCACUUUAAGUAAUAGCCAUAUGCCUUUUAUGGAUAGAUCAACUUCAGAAACAAAUUUCAGACUCAUUCCUUCUGAGGCCUAGCAAGACUGUCUUUGGCACAGUUCUGAGAUCACUGAAUUAGCGAGGAAUCUAUUGAUUAUUGAGAUUUGGCUUCUUUCUGGGAGCACUCCAGUAACAAAGUGCUUCAACAUUCCCCAGUGAUCUGCCAAAACAAUAUUAGAAAGACAGGAUGAAAACAAGAAGGAGCUGUAGUAGCAGCAGCAGUGAAAGGGAAUAUAGUUAGACUAGCUUAGUCUAGCUUUUGGGCUGUUUUAAAUUCAGUAAGUGUUUGGUGAUGUGGCAAAGGGGUUAGAUUACAACAGAACUUAUUUCUGCCUAGCCUGAUCACCACAGUGUGGUAUGAUAUCAAAGCCGGGAAACUGGCAGACUCUGGAACCGUAAAGUUGUAUCCUAAGGAUUCAGAUUCUGAUUCCUUAAUUUUCUCAGCCUGCAACCCAAUAUAUGUUCUGAAACACGUGCCAUCAUUUCUAUAGAAAUUUUGAUUGCAGUACAGGAAAAAAGAAUAGCCAUGUUUUUAUUCACAUUAUAUCCAUUUUCCCAUGAUUGCAUAUGUCUUACCUGAUUAUCCUAUACCAUCCAAACACAAAUCAUAAUGACACAGCAGACUUUAGUGGUUUUCACACAUUUCCAUGCAGAUAUGACUUUGUUUUUAUAUACAUCUUACUUCUAUAGAGGAAAGGUACCAUGCAUGAAGGGGGUCUCUGGAAUCAUUCAGAAUCUGAUAAUCCACCUGGAGUCAUAGUACUAAAAUGCCGUGUACUGAGAUUGUCAAAAUACUAAGGCUUUCCAAUUCUGCUUGUAUCCAGUACUGCCUUUAGAUUUAAUACUAUAUUGUGCAGUACUUCUAUAUUUUAAAUCACAGUUGUAAUUUAUUUCAUACAUGUAUCGCUUUUUUCAAAUUGGCUUUUAUAUGAAAACAUAUUUCAACAAAUGUGUAAUUUAUACUCUUUGUUGGGUAUAUGGAUAGUUUCAGUGAGCAUUUUAGUAGAUGCAUUUUAUAAUAAGAAUUUUAUAGAAUUUAAUAGGUGCAAGUACUAAUUAAGAAUAAUAGAGGUUAGUAUAACCUCAUAGUUGAACAGAGCAUUACAUAAGAUAUGUAGUCUUUUGGGUCGCUCCUCAGUUACUGAGCUUGGUGGUGCUUACUUCCAGUGAGUGUUUAUACUGCAAUUCACUCAGCAAAUUCCCAGGUAUACUCAAAUCUUCUAUAUUUGUCAUCCUUGCAUCAACAUUCAAUUUAAUUCACAAGACACUGUUGCAAGGAAGCUGAAAUAGUAUAUUCCCUGAUUUUGCUUCAGCAGGAGUUCAGCUCCUGUUUAAGCAUAACACACUUUGCACUGGAAAUACACUUGAUAGGACUAUGACUAUAGAUGCACUGUAAAGUAUUGGAAAACUAGCUGUGUGUGUCAUAUAAUAUAUGAAGUACUCUAGUUAUACAGUAGCAACAUCAGUUGGAAAUAGAAUUGAGUCUGUCCUGGUAAGAUCAUAAAACUUAAAACUAGUUACAGGCCAAAUUUAUAAAGUUAAAAAAUUGGAUGAGGAAAUAUAAAACAACUGUAAUUAUGCUUUAGCUAAAUUUUGUUGAAAUCUGCACAGAUUAUGCACACUGUUUUUAUUGUGAUAAUUUAUAACUCUAAUUCAUAUUAAUGGAUUUUGUUUUGCAUACUACCAUGAUUAGUAUGAUGGAAUAUAUAUUUUUUAAAAUUAUUAGAGUGUGUAUAAUAUUUAAUUAUGCACAUCUAAUAAAAACAUAUGCAAUUUGAAUAAUAUAAAAAGUACAGUUUUGAAAACAAUUCAGUGCAAGAUGAAAUAGCUUGCUGAAUUCUGUACCAGAUUAGAUCCUUCACAAACCAUUAAUCAUAUGUUAAUUUCAUUCUCUUGGAUUAAGUUGAACCAAACUAGUUUACAUCAUUUGGUUUAGUUAUCUAGGGUUUGGAUCAAGCCAAAAUACAUUUUUAAGUAGCACUAUUUUAAUGGCACUGAGUUACAGUGUUUCAGUUAUUUUGCAUUCAUUGUUUAUUUACUUCCUAUCUCACCUAGCUGGCAUAUUAUUAUAAAAAUGUUUUCGUAGUUGUUCAUUGUCACAUUAGAGAUAGAUGAUGGAUCUCACAACUAGGAAUGGUUUUUACAUUUAUGUUUUUCGUUAUGGCCAAGAGAAUAAGUGUUCUUUUAGUUUUAAGUUUCUGGGAAGAGAUUGUAUAAUGAACUCUUUCAACAAUUUUAAACUAUUAUUUUUUAUAAGAGCACUUGUUCUUAAGAGGAAAGUUUUCAUAGCAUCUAGAGUUUGGUACCUCCAUUUGAAUUUUCAAGGAAGGAAAUGCUGCAUCAAAGUGCAUCAGAAAAAUGGGAUGAUAUAUAAGCCAUCCUUCACUGUUAUCUGCACAUCCUGCUGGAAUAUGUUUUCUGAACAUACUUUUCUUUUAAAAAGUUUAAUGAUUACCUUUGCUUAUGUGCACACUGAAAAACUCUCAACGUUGUUUGGAAGAGUUUUGCUUUUGUUUUUCAGAAGUAGCUGCUCCCACUAUACUACAAAAAACAUCUUUGAUUUGGGUACAUCUAGAAAGCAACUUAUGACUCUGCACUGGGAAACUCCCAUUCAGGCAUAGAAAAUAAAAAAAUAGUCCUUUGCUUCUCUAUAUUGGAAUCCGUUAGGUUCUAUCCAGUAUCACAUAAUAGGACUUAGUCUGCUUUUCCUCUAUUUGCAUUUUUCCAAAUCAUCUCUGGAGUUCUGCUAACCUCCUAGAACAGAUUUGCGGAGCUGCUUUGAGUAGAAUGAAUGCUAUGCAUUCCACUGGCAGACGAAUUUGCUUUGCUCAGUGGGUAAUCGUCAGAGAAGCCGUGUGCCUGAUACCAAUGAAAGCAGUGGAGGUUUUCACAGUUGGUGUCGUGUAAUCCUGAUGCUUUGUAAUUUGAGCCUAAAUUAUUAAAGGAUGCUUUAUCAUUAAGUCAUAGCACUUUUAAAAAUUAUCAGUAAGUGGAAAUUGUAACGUAAUACCUAUUUCUCUGAAGAUGGACAUUUGGGAUGAUUACUGUUACCAAGCACACUUACUUGAAAGCAAGUUCUCUCGACCGGUAGGAUUUAAAAAUGCAUGUAAAGAUUGAAGGCAUCUGUGUUUAAAAGACUUCCUGAAUGGACUGUCUGUUGAUAAAUUGGACUCACGAAUUUUAAUUUAUUUCAAUGGGACUUGGACAUGCAUGACAAUAAGACCAAAGUCUCCCUGCUAUGGGAGAACCUGUAUGGCAACUACAAACCAUUAAAUAGUACAAUUUCCCUGAGUAUGUAUCUUGUACUGAAUUAGAUAAAAGUUAAUGUUGCCAUUUUAAGUAUGUGUCCAUAGGUGUUACUGGUUUUUCCCCCAAAAAAUAAUUAAAUAUUUCAUUUAGAGUUCAGUCCAAAUAUGCUAUACAACAGGAAAAGAGUUUUUAAAAAUCUUAGGACUUGACCAAGCUCUUAAGCAUAAUUAAAACAGUGCUUUGGAUGCUGGCCAUAUUUAUUGGUUUGUAUGUUUAUGUGUUAGUAUCUAACUUUGUCUAGUGCAUUAUGUACAGUGUAAUAUAAAAUGUGUAUGUAUGUAUAUAAUAUUAUGUACAGUCAUACUCAUAUAUACCAGAUUUCUAUAUGUUAAAGAAGAUUUAUAAAUGCAUUGCAAAGCUU